AUGGAUGAUACCUUCAGGAUCAUGAAAGGUCUGUCUCUUUUGUUCUUACUCUCUCUGUCUGGAGUGGUGUGUGUCUCAAUUCGCUAUUCGUUGCCGGAAGAGAAGAAAAGUGGGUCUCUGGUGGCUAAUGUGCUGAAGGAUUUGAAGCUGGGACCAGGGGAGCUCUCUGCUCGCAGAGCCCAGCUGGUUUCCAAAAGCAAGAAGCAGUAUUUCCAGCUGGAUAACCGUUCUGGGAAUCUCUUUAUAAAUGACAAGAUAGACAGAGAAGCUUUGUGUGGCAAAAUGGACUCUUGCUUAGUGUUGUUUGAAAUUGUGCUCCAGAACCCUUUAAAGAUCUACAAUAUGGAGACAGAGAUAGACGAUGUGAAUGACAACACUCCUGCAUUCUCUCAAAAUGAAUUCAUGUUUGACAUUUCUGAACAUGUUCCUACAAAUACGCGAUUUCCCUUGGAAUCUGCCCGAGAUGCAGAUUUGGGUGAAAACAGCAUCCAGAACUACACACUCAGCCCCAAUGCGUAUUUCAGGCUGGAUGUACAAAGUGAUGAGUUUGGGAGCAAAUAUGUAGACCUUGUUCUGGAGAAACCACUGGACAGGGAGAAGGAGGCACAUGUUGGGCUGACCCUCACAGCUGUUGAUGGAGGGGUGCCCCAGAGAACAGGCACAGUUCUAAUAAAGGUCAGUGUUCUGGACAGCAAUGACAACUUCCCUCAGUUUACACAAUCUGAAUAUAAAGUGAAGCUAAAGGAAAACAGUCCUCGUGGUACUCCAGUGUAUAAAGUGGAAGCCAGAGAUUUGGAUUUUGGUUCAAACGCACAGAUCUCCUAUUCAUUCCAUCGGGUGCCUGAUCAAAUUCAUCACUUGUUCAACUUGAAUCAGAGCACUGGUGAAAUCACCGUUUUGGGUCCAAUUGACUAUGAAGAAGAAUCCAGCUAUGACAUGAACGUUAAAGCCACAGAUGGAGGGGGUCUUUCAGGAGUCUGCAAGGUCUUGGUGCUUGUUGAGGAUGAGAAUGACAAUGUCCCAGAAGUGGUGGUCGUAUCACACACCAGCGCAUUGCCAGAGGAUUCUGCCUUAGAUGUGCUAGUUGUGCUCUUCAGCGUCACAGACCGAGACUCUGGAGACAAUGGCAGGACGUCUUGCUCCAUUGAAGCAGGCCUCCCUUUUGGACUCAAGCCCUCAGACAAUAACUAUUACCAGCUCGUGACCCAGAAGCCCCUAGACUGGGAAAGAGACUCUGAGUACAACGUCACGAUCACAGCCACAGACUGGGGCUCUCCCAGGCUCUCUUCCUUCACAAUAAUUAACGUCCAGAUCUCUGACAUCAAUGACAACUCUCCGGUAUUUGAGAAAUCACUGUAUCAUAUGCAGCUACGGGAAAACAAUAUCCCAGGACUGCUGAUAGGAUUGGUCCAAGCUAAGGACCUGGACAUGGAGCAGAAUGCCAAAGUGACCUACUCUCUUUUGCCUGGGAAGGUCAGCGAUCAACCCGUGUCCUCUUACGUCUCCAUCAACUCUGAAACUGGGAAUCUGUACGCCAUCCGAUCAGUGGACUAUGAGCAGGUGAAAGAUUUCCAGGUGACCGUGAGGGCUGUGGACAGUGGUUCUCCUCCCCUGAGCUCUGAAGUUAUGGUCCGAGUUCUGAUCGUGGAUGAAAAUGAUAAUGCCCCAUUCAUCCUUUACCCUCUUCAGAACGGCACUUCCCCGUCCAAUGACCUGGUUCCCAGGGGGGCGGAAGCUGGCUACCUGGUCACCAAGGUGGUGGCAGUGGACAGAGAUUCCGGUCAGAAUUCUUGGCUUACCUAUGAGCUCCUGAAGGCCACAGAACCGGGUCUAUUUUCAGUGGAAACUCAUAAUGGAGAAGUAAGGACUACUCGUGUGGUUACCAGUCAGGACGCUUUCAAGCAGAGACUCCUCAUAGUGGUGAAAGACAAUGGGGAAGCACCCCAGUCCAGCACGUCAAGUCUCAGUAUCCUUCUUGUUGAUGGGUUUUCAGACUCACAUAUGCAAAUUGCGGAUCUGCCACCUGAAGAAGAACAGAACGAUUCCCUAACCUUGUAUUUAAUAAUAUCCUUAUGUUUCAUUUCUUUUCUCUUCUUGUUUUCCGUGUUAACGGUGAUUGUCAUUUGGAUACACAAAAGAAGGAAUUACCAGAAAGGAAGUCACGUUUCUUCUGGGAAUUUCUACUGUGAUGCUGACUUUGUUCCUAAUUCUUCUGGUCCGAAUGGCUCUGGGACUCUUUCUCGUCCAAAUUACUAUGAGGUCUUCUUAACGGCUGGGUAUGGGACCAACGAAUUUAAAGUUCUCAGCCCUCUGCUGCCUUCACUAGCUGUGGAUCUUAAAGCUCCUAUGGCUUCUAGCAAUGACCCUCAGCCAAGCAAGGGAACGAUAACGGAGAUAACGGACAGCCGUUUGGUCACGGUGGUGGAAAGGGCCAUGAAGUCACACCCGACUUAUGGGCAAGAGGCUUUCAGAGGAGACCUGCUCAACCAGUUAAUGAAAGAUGAUCCUUCUACUGUAAAAGGGGCAGAAACACUAAUGCUUGGAGAAAUGUUGACUUUGCCUCAGAACUUUGG